AUGUCGCUGGCAUCGCGUUGUCAGACCGAAAAAAAAGUCUCGGGGAAUUUUUUUUGUUCGGAUAAUGUCGAAUGAUAUUGGGAAUAAAAUUCAGAUAUUGGAGGCUCGUUUGAUAGGUAAAAAUGAGUCUAGUGAGAGUAUCGAUAAGCAGCCCUUCGACAAAUCACGACCAGGCAGCCAACGGCGUCCAGGCAACUUGGGCGAUGUUGGCCGCACCCGGCCAGGAUUUCGGCCUGGUGACCUGCAUCUUCCUGUACGAGGAUUCCCAAGCCUGCAAUCUCGCAUUGAGCCAGAGACAGAGGAGAAACUGAGGACCAUUAUGAAGAGGAGUGGUAUUCUAUGUCUCGAUGGCAAAGAAUAUCAGACAGACAUAAAAGAUCUGGAGGAUAUGGGGGAAUUGGGGAAUGGAACGAGUGGACAAGUAGUCAAAAUGCGACACGUCGAGAGUGACACAAUGAUAGCAGUAAAGCAAAUGCGACGGACGGGAAAUCAGGAAGAAAAUAAGCGGAUAAUCAUGGAUUUAGAUGUUGUGCUCAAAUCCCAUGAUUGUGAAUUUAUUGUGAGGUGCCUGGGAUGCUUUAUCACUCAGACAGAUGUGUGGAUCUGUAUGGAGUUGAUGGCAACGUGCUUUGAUAAGCUCCAGAAGAAAUCAAAUCUGCCAGUGCCUGAAGAAAUUCUCGGGAAGGUUACAGUUGCUACAGUGAAAGCACUAGCUUAUUUAAAAGAUAAACACGGUGUUAUCCACAGAGAUGUUAAACCAUCGAAUAUACUGAUUGAUGAGAAGGGUGUAAUUAAACUAUGUGAUUUUGGAAUAAGUGGGAGACUAGUCGAUUCAAAGGCCAAAACACGAUCAGCCGGAUGCGCUGCUUACAUGGCGCCUGAACGCAUCGAUCCGAAGAAACCAGAAUACGAUAUUAGAGCCGAUGUAUGGUCUUUGGGCAUUACAUUAGUCGAACUGGCGACUGGCUCUUUUCCAUACAAAGGCUGUAAAACUGACUUUGAAGUGUUGACCAAAGUUCUAGAAUCAGAUCCACCAUCACUGCCAACUGAUCAAGGUUUCAGUUCAGAAUUUCAGGAUUUCGUCAAUAAAUGUUUAACGAAGAAUUCACAUCGUCGUCCGAAAUACCCUGAACUUCUGCGACAACCAUUUCUAAAGUACUACGAAGAUCACUAUGUUGAUGUACCUUCGUGGUUUUCUUCAGUAAUGGAAAAGGCUGGACUUAAGUCACAUCGCAGACUAUCGCCCUCACACUUGCAAUCUGAAGCUCAUAGGACAAUAGUAGCACCAUCAAGUAUACCAAAUUAUAAAGAAUGUAGUAGCAGUAGUAUUCAUCGCCAUCAAAUGUCGCAUUCGCCAAUUUCACCAAUAAACACAUCAUCGAACGUAUCACCAAGUGCAGCAGGAAUAGUCAGUGAAAUCGGUGGAUCUUCGACGGAGGAAAAGGAUGUUGAGGAGCAGAAGAGGACCUACAGUGAGGAUUUGUACAGUGAAAGGGGAGAUGGUGUUUUCUAUGGUAGUGGCGGUGAGACGUCGUGUGAAUUUCCCAUUGAUGAAGGGGACUUUGGCUUAGUCAGAAACACAAAAGAUAACCACGAUGUUGUGAGUGAAAUGAACAAAAUGUACAGAAAGUCACCGUUUAUGCAACGUAGGAAAGAAAUUGGAGAAUUCGGAAGUCCACGAAGGGAAUCAAUGUUGAGUAAUCUAGGUCACAGCUUCAUCCGGAAUAUGACAAAUUCUCCGUUCACCCAGAAAAAAUUGACCAAUCAAACGAGACAGCAACAAUUGGAGGCCAUGAGGAAUCAAACAAGACCACCGGAUGCUGAUGAAAAUGGCUUCUGUAAUCUCUAUGGAUCGGAUUCUCCAUUGCCAUUGCGAAAGCCAUCGGGACUUAUACAGCCCGAUUCCGCACAAAUACGUCUACCAGGAAACACUAGUCCAAUCGUGCUUCAGCGCUUCUACCAUCAACAGAGUCAGUUGCGCGAGAGGCAACUGGAGGAAGAGGGGAAAUUGCAUCAAGAAAAUACAAAUCCCUUUCACAGUGAUAUACUUAAAUACCAAACAAUUCAGCGAUCUCAUGUACCAAAUGUUGGUGUCAUGAAUCCUUUCCAUGAACAUCAGUAUCACUAUAAUUUACACCAAUACAAUCACCGCGGAAUUGAUGACAAAAGCCAUCUCAAUCAGCAAUCAGCUAAUGCACAUCAGCUCAAUGCUAAUAGUCCAAAGCAUCAGUACCUCUUUAGUAGUUGUAGCAAUGGCAAAAAGAAUUCAGUUCAGCCAACAUCGUCGGGAUUCUAUUCACCAGGUGGCAGUGACUACAGAGGAGAUUCAACUACAGAUUACCCAAGGUUGGAUCACAAUGUCUACAGCAGUAGUCCCAGGGGACGAAAUUCACCGUCUAACCUGAUAAAUGGAUCUGCGACAGGUGAUGGUAUUAAGGAUGAUUCAGGGUGGUUCAAUUCGAUUGCAGGUGUGGUGAAGCGUCGCUUUGCCUCCUACAUGAAACUCCAUCUGGCAUCGGGUGAUCGUGGUGAUAAGGAUCGUGGAAGGCCGACUGUCAAUUCCAAUCCAUCAACUGUUCACAGUACUCCAACGCACACAUCGACCAAUCCUUUUCUGGUUCAGGAUAGGGCAACAUUGCCUAUUCAACCACCUAGUCCGCAUGUACUCAGUGGUGUCGAUAGACGCCAUCGGAGUCCAGAUCCUCCGCCACGGUACAAUCGUGGUCAGUCCCCUCUCGUGCUGCGGAGGAAUCUGUAUGAGAUGGGACAACUUCCGCCAGGAUCUCCAAUAUUGCCCAGGAGGUAUUUGUCUUCAUCACCACCUGUACCACCGCCAAGACGUGGUUCUGAAAGUGUUCCAGGAUCCCCUCAACAUUUCCGCACACGAAUUCACUAUACCCCAGAGCCCCAAAGACGAUUCUAUCGACAUAUUGAUCAAUGAGUGGGACUGCAAGUGAUGAUCCUUAGAUCAUCUUAUGGUUUCUGAAUUAUUGUCAGAAGAAGAUGAUGCGAAAAAAAAGAGAAACAAAUGUUUAUGGAGAGAUAUUUGGACAAUAUGCAUGUGGUUAAUUCAUCCCCCAUGACAUCAAUCAUUCAUCCGGACCCCCUUAUAGAUUUUUUUUGGUGUGCACAUUAAUGGAAAAAAAAAUUCUCAGGUGUUCUAAAUAAUCUAAAAAAAAAAUCAUAAUUCAUCAGUCGCGAAGUCAUUGUAGUUUUGUAUGUAAAUCAUGGUCAUUUCAUCAUCAUGCCUUUCCUGACUUAACAGUUCAGAUCCAGAGAGUAAUGGCAUUGAUUGAGUUUCUAUUCUCUAAUUUAAAUGAUAAUAAUAAUAAAAAAAAUGUAUUCGCUACUGUGCAAGUGGUAAUUGAUAUAGUGUGAGAAUACAUUAAUAAAAAAAAAAUUGAAUGACUGAUUUGUAGGAAAUAGCUGAAGAAAAAAAGAAACACUAUUUAUACACUGGAGAAAAAAAAAUGUGAAUAGUAACUUUGAGAGUGUCCCAAUUACUUUUUAGAGAUAGGAAAUAUAAAGAGAAAAACUUUUGCGACUUGUAUAGAUAUAAGGACGUAUAUUCUGUAUAUGUACAUGCAUAUAUAAUAAAAAAUGUAAUGUGAUUAUUAAA